ACUCGCGUCUGAAUCAGCAGACCCAACCAAACACAAUGGAUAGAGUUUUAUCGGUCGAAGAAAUCUCUGACCACUUCUGGUCCUCAUCCUCCGCCGUCACCACCGCCUCUGCCGCCGCCGGUGGCCAUAACAAACCCGGUUUUAAAAUGAACCGUAGUGCUUCUGAGUGGGCUUUUCAGCAGUUUCUUAGAGAAGAAGUUGAUAAGAAAGGUGCAGAUAAAGAGGAAGAAGAAGAAGAAGAGGAGGAGGAGGAGGAGGAGCUGAAAAAGAAGAAGAAUGGGAUGGCAUCGUCGUUUAUUGGGUGUUUAGAGAAUAAUAAUAAUAAUGUUCCUAUGGAUUUAGAGGAAUACCAGGCUUUUCUUAAGAACAAGCUUGACUUGGCUUGUGCUGCUGUUGCCAUGUCAAGGGCAUCUUUUGUAAAUCCCCAAGAUUCUGCUGCUGGAGCCGACGUUGGAUCCCACGCAUCCAAUACUCCACAAUUGGGAUCUAAAACUGCUCCUCAAGGAGGUGGUAACAAGGAUGAUAAUGCAGUGGUUGGAAUUCCUUCUUUGCCCAAUGGACAGAAGAAACCUGGAGCCAAGUUGAGGCCAAGCACAAGUGGAUCAUCAAGAGAACUGUCAGAAGAGGAUGAAGUUGAAGGAGAAAAUAAAACGAUGGAGAACAUGGAUCCUACUGAUGCAAAACGUGUAAGGAGGAUGCUUUCCAAUAGGGAGUCAGCUAGGCGCUCUAGAAGAAGAAAGCAGGCCCAUUUGACAGAACUUGAGACACAGGUUUCUCAACUAAGAGUUGAAAAUGCAAACUUAUCAAAGCGUUUUACUGACAUUAGCCAAAAGUACAAUGAAGCAUUCGUUGACAACAGAGUUUUAAAAGCUGAUGUUGAAACAUUGAAAGCAAAGGUAAAAAUGGCUGAAGAGACAGUCAAAAGAAUCACCGGUUUGAACCCUGUGUUCCAUGCCUCACCUGAGAUAUCUACGACGGGCGUGUCAUCAUUUGAUGGAAGUGCCUCUGAUACAUCAACAGAUGCUGCUGUUCCUGCGCAAGAUGGUCCAAAGCAUACCUUUUAUCAGGCUGCUACAAACAAUCCUAUAUUCCCUCAUGACCUGAGAAUCAACAAUGUACUCACAGAUAUUUCUUCAGUUGAAAACAUACCACCAAAUUCUGUGGGAUCAGCACCAACGGGAAACAAAAUUGGACGGACAGCUUCUUUGCAGCGAGUGGCUAGCUUGGAGCAUCUGCAAAAGCGGAUCCGUGAGGGCAUAAGCCCCUGUAGACCCCAGUCUAACGGGGAGCAAUAGUAGCAAGGCACACAAGCAGAGUAUGAAGAGAGUUUUACUGAAGAAUGUCUUAGAAUGACCAAACUUUAUUUCUGGUUUCAGAGGUGAAAACAAUGCUAUUCUUUAUGUUAACUAUGUAGUAAUGGAAUCUGCUAGAUUAAACCUUUGAAUCAAUCACGUGAUAUCUUCUGGAAAGACUGGCUAAUCAACACAGUGGUCGAUUUACCAUGCCAUUUCCAUAGCAUGUGGACCUUUCCCUGUAUCAUGUUAGCAUUUCUUUUUUUUCCGUCCUCGUUAUCUGCUAGGAAGCCUGUUUUUGCAUAUCUCAAAGGGCUAACAGAAAAUCCUGUAUGCUAUAGUUAAUCGGGCGCUGCCAGGUAUGAACCCGAUACCAGGGAAGGGAAACAAGUUUGUCUACGUCACUGGGUUAUUAUUAGCUAUACCAAACACAUGUACAUGUCACGUGCUCAUUACCUUCUCUUUUUCCGGCAAAAUACGCUUUUUAAGACGUGCAAUGCUCGUGUUUAUAUAUUUCAAAGCUUUUUUUUUUCUUAUUAGAUAUGAAAUUGAAUCAUCUUGUUUAUUCUAUUUUAUUCAUUAUUUUA